UUCAUUUACAUACAAAAAAAAUUUAACUUUUUAAAAAUAAAAUGUAUGCUAGCGCCAUCUGUUGACCAAUCGUUGAUGUACCGAUGAUGCAUACCAUGUGAUCAGCGACAAUUUUGACAAUAAUAAAACGACGACGACGACGACGACAACAGAAUCAAUCUGUUCAAUCGAUCCAAAAAAAAAGUAUUGAUAGAUUUUUUUUGGAUUCGAUUGAUCGGAUAAUUGAUCGAAUGAUGAAUGAUUCGAAUAAAGAUAUUCCACGUGCAUCUUUAAAUGUAUCGACAACCAGUACUAGUGGUGGCGGUGGUGGUAAUGCAACUGGAUCUGGACGAACAAAAGUAGCAUUGAAACCAGGUUAUGGCCUUAUGGGUUGGGUACGUUUUACAUCAAAUUCUUCGAAUCUUACCGGAAUUCAACCAAAAUCUGGCAAUGAUCCUCGUACAAAUAUCAUAACGAUGAUUGAAUUAUCGAAACAUGAUCAACCAGAUGAUUGUUGGAUAGCAAUUCGUGGAAAAGUAUUCAACGUUACUGCAUAUCUUGAUUAUCAUCCAGGCGGUAUGGAUGAACUGAUGAAAGGUGCUGGAAAAAAUGCCACUUCAAUGUUUGAAGAUGUUCAUAGUUGGGUCAAUUAUGAAAGUUUAUUGGAAAAAUGUUUUAUUGGCCGUCUAGCUGGUUAUGAUUUGUCAUCAUAAUUUUCAUAUUCAUUGUUUCUAGGAUUUUUAUUUUUCAAUUUUUCUUUCUUGUUGUUA